AUGGCCAGCGGUUUCUGGGUCGUGCCCAUGACGGAUCGGGCUCGCGAGAUCUCAGCAUUCAUCACUCCAAUGCCCGCAGAUUAUCAGCGCCUCGUAGACAACGCGUUGUAUGGGUUUUUGAAGUUCUCACCAUCAGGCGAUGCUGAAACAACAACGGACGUGUUCCAGACCAGGAUCGCGACCGAUCCUGAUCGGGACUCAGUGUUGGGACGGAGAUCAUACAUCGACGACAUCAUGAUCGCAGCGGAAUCGUGGGAUCAAAUGUGCCAAAGGGUGGAAGAUCUGUUGGAGGCUUGCGAUAAGUGGAAUUUGUCGAUCAGUGUAGCCAAGGGCAUUUGGGGCAUGGAUAAGGAUAUCUGGGCACCGAGCAUCAAUCAGAGGUCUGGAGUACAACCCGAAAGACCUGAAAUCUCUGACCGAUCUGCCAUUCCCCGGAUCACUUCGAUCUAUGAGGUCAUUCCUGGCCGAUUCAUCGAAGAUUACGCUAUCUACGCUUCGGUGCUCUACGAAUUACGCGAGGUGGAGUUUGCAGAACUGGAGAAACGAUCGGACCUGAGGGAGAGCAUGGGCUGGAACGACCCGAUACCUCGAGAUCACGGCGCACCGGAACUGAAGAUGACGGAAUCAGUAGAUGAGAGGUAG